UAGACAGCAAUUUACCUUACACCCAAAUGGGAUCGACCCACGAGCUUUAGAAUCCAAAGCAACUCCACAUAUAGCCACUUUCAGCUCAUACCCACCUCAAUUAUGGCCGCUUUUUCCACUCCCCAUUCCUUCACGGCCUUCACCUUCCUCGUCUUAUUCUUCAAAAUCGUAACUUCCGACCCAAUUUCAUCGUUCUCUUUCCCUGAUUUUGACAAGGAUCUGAAAUUUGAGUCCAAUGUUGCCCUUUUGGGCGGUUCAAAGGUCGUCAAUGGUGGUUCUGCGGUUCAACUCUCUGGGUCUGAGAGCCGAGGAGGAGUCAUGUACAAAAAACCCAUCAAGCUUAUUGGAGGUAAACCAAAGCAAUUGAUCUCUUUUUCCACUGAUUUUGCAUUUUCGAUCUUGUCGGUGGAUGGGGAUGGUUUGGCUUUUGUUAUGGUUCCGAGUGGUCUUCAAGAUGAUUUCUUUAAGAAAAGUCCAUCUGGGAUUUCUUCUUCUCAAUUGAGCAAAAGAAAAUCUAUGGUUGUCGAUGUUAAAUUCACCGCUGAGUUUGGCAGCAGAAAUGGUGGGUCUGCUCAUUGUAAUGUGGCCAUUAAUGUGGGUGAUUCAGCACCAGCAAAAACACGCAAUACCUCCUCUUUGAAGAUGGCUCUAAGAAAGGGACAAAAACUUCACACUUGGAUUGAUUAUGAAGCAAGUUCACAACGCUUAGAAGUGAGAUUAAGUCAGUAUGGUCACUCCAGGCCUGCGGAUCCCUUGAUUUGGUAUUCAAUUGACUUUACAAAGAUAUGGAAAAAGAGUGAAAUGUUUGUGGGGUUUAAUUCUGUGAAGGGAAAUAGAAGUUUUCAAUCCCAACCUUGUUCUCUACAUUCAUGGAGCUUCAAUCAAAGGCCUUUUCCAAAUUGGAUGCACUCAGAGCCUGUGGAUCUGAAGGCUCUUUCUAAGAAUUCUGAAACUGCAAAAGUGAAACCAAGGAGCGAUUGUGUUCUGAGAGUUCUUGCUGCUAUGAUAUUUGGUGGUGGAUGUGGAGCAUUGACUGCAUUUGUUGUGCUGUAUUUGUGGACCAUCUUCGGCAACCGGCGUCCAGUGGUGCCGGAGGAGUUUGUCGGGGAGCAGCCUGUAGAUUUUGAGUACAAGAAGGUGAGCGUAGUUGUAGAUAAGGCCAUCAAAGAUGGUAAGGAGUAGAUCUGGAUUGGGAAGCAUUUGUGCUGUACAUUAUUGUUUCUUGUUUAUUUUAAGGUUCUGGUCUUGUAUUGUAGUAUGGUAAAACAACUAUCCAAUUAUAUUCCUCCUAUUGUUGUCUAUUUGCAUAUUGAGAUC